GAAAAAGAAAGAUUCACAUGCAGCCGCUAUUGCUCCCUGUUGCUAGCCUAGCCAUAUUUAUUUGCCCAUGUUGAGGAUCCAUCCACUCAUGGAUUCUUUGCUAGUGGCACAAUUUCAAGCUCCUCUUCUCCUUGGUGCAGAAGAGUUGGGGCGUUCAAUGUAAUGUGGUGCACAGAGUGGUUGGUUAUUGAACAACAGCUAUGGAUUCAUCUUCUUUUGAGGGAUUUGUGUUUGAUCCAUCAAAAUGCAAUAAAUUGAGCAUGGAGGAAAAGAGAGAACUGGUCUAUGAACUUUCGAAAUGGUCUCAUGGUGCCCCAGAAAUGCUACAAUCAUGGAGUCGUCAGGAGAUCUUGCAGAUCCUGUGUGCAGAGAUGGGAAAAGAAAGGAAAUACACCGGCUUAACAAAGUUGAAAAUUAUAGAAAACCUUUUGAAAGUUGUAUCUGGAAAGAAAUCACAGCCAUAUGGAACUCUAACUGACCCUGAACCGCAGCCUUCUCCAGAAGUUGGCCAAAGGAGUUCCAAAAGGCAGAGGAAAACCGAUCACCCUAAUCGACUACCUGUUGCGGCAAGUAAUGCUUUAGUUAGCAAUGUUAAUGGGGAUUUAGUUUCUGUUAUAUAUUGCACAAACUUAGCUUGCAGAGCUAAAUUAUGUCAAGAAGAUACAUUUUGCAAGAGGUGCUCAUGCUGCAUUUGUUAUCAGUAUGAUGACAACAAGGACCCUAGCUUGUGGUUGAUUUGCAGCUCAGACCCUCCCUUUCAAGGAGAUUCAUGUGGCAUGUCAUGUCAUCUUGAGUGUGCUUUAAAGCAUGAUAGAUCUGGCAUCACAAAGGAUAGGCUGGAUAAAGGACUAGAUGGGAGAUUUUAUUGUGUAUCUUGCAGGAAAGUGAAUGAUUUACUCGGGGUAAUCACUAUGAAAGCAGAUGGGACCUUUAGGAGUGAUUAUGGAAAGCAAACUGCAGGCCUGGAUGAUAUUCUCAAGGCUUCGGCCCAAAUUAGCCACACGAUGAGCAUACCACAUCUAGGCUUUGAACAUGUAAAACAUGGUUUAUGUACCCUCCAUGUGAUGGAUCUUGGGGAAAAUGGAAUUUCAAAUCUGUUAAUUGUGAACAUGGUCUUUGUCGACACUCUCUUUGAAGAUCCAGCAUCUCUUGCAGGGCAGCUUGUUGAUUCCUUUUCAGAAGUUAUUUCAAGCAAGAGAUGUGCUGCUGUGCCAGCUGGGUUUUGCCUAAAGCUUUGGCAUUGA